UGUAAGUAAAACAUAUAUAAUUUGUAGUCUUAGUAAUAUAGUAGAAUAUUUGGAAACAUUCAUCUUGUAACACUGACUUCAAUACAAUCAGAAGUCAUGCAGAAUCUUUUCAUAAACUUGUAAAAGCUAGUUUUUCAGACCUUAUUAACUACUUUAUCCUCGUUUCUGAUACGUCCAGUAGACCCACUUUCUGCCCUAGCCAUAUCGUUCUUAAGGCAAUUUAAGUAAAAGAUAGCAAGCCAUUUGGUUUUGCACCAGCGUACCAAGUCCAAACACCCCCAUGUUUCUAGUUUCAUCGGCACGUACUUUAAAAUUUAUGCUUGAUACUUAUCGUUAAAUGUAAUUAAUCUGAUAUAUAUCUUACUUUUAAAUAUAUUUUCAGUAACGCAAAGUACUAGGAUAACAUUAUCCUCCUUUCGAGGUGUAUGUCUGUUGACAUAUCAUUUUUUCCUGAAAUUUGCAGAAAUCUUCCAUGGCAACUGAACGUGGACAUCACAGCGAAGGGAUCGAUCGCGAUGCGUACAAUGCCGCAGUACGCCCUGGAACAAAAAUUGAGACAUGCAAACUUGUAGCAGCUCUCAAUAGUACUACACCCGGAAGCAGAAAUACUCUUCUUCAUGUGGCAGCCAGUGUAGGAAAUCUACCAUUCAUUGAAAAGCUCCUGCAGCUCAAUCGUGAACUUCUGAAGACUACCAAUGCCCAAGGAAAUACUGCGUUGCACUUGGCUGCUCAGGGAGGUUUCUGUAGUGUUGUGCAGGUUCUACUCCAACAACAGCAAAAUGGUGUGAAUGUUCGCAAUAAGCUUGGAGAAACGCCUCUGUUCAAAGCUUACGAGAGCAGCGAUUUAGACAUAGUGAAGCUGCUAUGUUGCGCAUAUCAGCCAAGUAUUCGCCAAAAGACAGUGCGCGGACAGACCUGUUUAUAUGUGGCAAUAAACAAAGGAGAUGCAGAUCUGGCGAAGCAUGUGUUAAAUUCAGUAGAUGGAAAAGAAUUAAUCCAAGAAAAGUAUGAAGAUGGCGAUACAGCCUUGCAUGUAGCCACUCGGAAAAGCUACUUGCAUAUAAUGAGCCAGUUAAUAAAGUUUCAACCUGAAUUGUGUUAUUGGGUUAAUGACAAUGAAGAAACACCGCUUUAUAUGGCAGUGAAAUUGGGGCAUCUGGAAGCAGUAAAAAUGUUGGUAAAGGAGAGGCCAGAUGCUGUUGAAAUACGGAAUUGUUGUGGAAUGAACGUGCUACACUUAGCUGUCCAAUUUAGCCAAGUGCGAAUUGCUGAUUAUUUGAGAAAAGUGGUAGGCCUGUCAGAACUGGUGAACCAGGGUCUUGAAAGUGGAGACACGCCUCUGCAUAUUGCAGCAAAGAACAAAAGCAUUCGCAUGGUGGAAUCGCUGCUGCAAAUACAAGGUAUAAACAAAGAUGCCGUUAAUAAAAAGGGCUUAACGGCCCUCGACAUUGCAAGAGAAAACACAGAGUACCACGAAUGCCACAAUAUGAUAUCAAAGCUGGCGAACUAUCCCCCAAAGGGAAGGCAUUUCCUGUAUACCUUCCCAAACGUGAGCCCACAAAAAUACCAGAAUGCCAUUAUGCUGGUGAACAAAGCAUAUGAGGACAGGCGCAACGCAGAAUUAGUGGUGGCCGUGUUGUUAGCAACAAUGUCAUUUACAGCCGCCUUCACCAUUCCGGGCGGUUUUAAAACGGAGCUGGAGAAGGAAGAGACAGAGAAAAUGUUAGGUUCCCCUCUUCUGAUUGGGUUGGUUUCGUUUGAAGCAUUUCUCAUUUUUGAUUGUCUGGCCUUCUUUCUGUCGCUCCUUGUGGUGCUCAUGUGGCAUUUGAGUACACCUCUCACCACGGGAAAUAAAGUAAUGUUCCUUUCUGUAACCAAUAUCUUGGUUUGCUCCAGCUUUGGCUUCACGGCGUUAGCUUUCGUUGCUAGAGUGUACACAAUGCUUGUGCACAAGAUUAACACUUUGGCUUUCUUCGUGCUUGGCUUCUGCACCGUCAUUUGUUGCUGUGUUUUUCUCCUUCUUCUCUAUGUGAAUAUAAAGUUUGCAAUAAAGAUGGCGAGAUUCAGUCAUCUGCAUGGCGUAACUCCUCUUGUUGCUGACCGAAUGAUAGAGUGUCUGUGGAUGAAACUGGAACGUCUGGGGUUUUUGACCGGCUGCGCCCGGAGAAAAACUAAGUACUCUAAUUGUUCCAGAAAAGGCAGGGCGAAUCUUAACAGUGGGUGUAUGGAGAAUGUUCAGAUAGAACCUCGAAAUCAUGUAAUUGAGGGACUUGACCAAAGACAAGGGAUAGAGCAUAGCUGCCAGUGGUAAGUAAUGAUUGGGAAAAAUCCUUUAACAAGUCUGAAAUUUCCCUCCUAGAGUUCUGCAGACUAAAACUUCCGAGCAUCCAGCCAUAAGCCCAAGUAUGGAUGGAAUCCUGUAGAUUAUUUUAAAAUAUGAUUUUGUCUGUAUUGAAGUUUUGUAAGUUGAAUGUUGAUUUAAAACUUUCGAGCAUCUAGUUAUAAGCUUAAGUAGUAUGGAUGGAAUCUUGUAAAUUAUUGUUAAAAAAAUAUUUUGUCUGUAUUGAAGUAAGUUUUGUAAGUUGAAUGUUGAUUGAAAACUUUCGACCAUCCAGUCAUAUGCUCAAGUAUGGAUGGAAUCUUGUAUCUAUUAUUUUAAAUUCUGAUUUUGUCUGUAUUGAAGUAAG